UAGAUAACAACGCACGAGUAAAGGGGGAUUCUCUAACGCGUUAUAAAUAUUGUACGGGGCCGCAUACAAAGCGUCACACUUCGAUUCCGCGCCGCUCACUCCGUACCAGACAUCUCCGGAGGCAGUGCAGUGAUCCAUUAGGUGUACGCUCCACGUAAACGAUUUUCAAUUCGCAGAAAUGGCCCAAGAGACACCGUUAUGGCUGAACAUCCACUUCGCGGAGAGGAUACUGCGAUUGGCAGAGGACAACACUACGAUCACGGUGACCGAUAUAUUUAUGAAACCGGCCACUAGCAAAGGUGAUAACUACACCAGCGAUAUGAUGAGGGUGUCCAUUGAGUUCACGCGUGUUCAGGGUGGGGAGAGGGUGAAGGAUAAGAAGUCGCUUAUAUUCAAAUUCGAGCCGAUAGAAGAGGGAGUGCGCAGAGAUUUGAUCGAGAAGGUCCAAAUAUUCGACACCGAGAUGACAAUGAUGAUGGACACCCUGAAGAAGAUGAACGACAUGUUGGGCCCCGAAUCUCGUCUCGGAGCGCAAGUCUAUCACGUACGGAUGGAACGACCGUUGUGUUUGAUAAUGGAGGACCUCGCACCCCUCGGAUUUCGCAUGGCUGACCGCCAAGCUGGUCUUGACCUACAACACUGCCUACUAGCGGUACGAGGACUGGCGAAAUUCCACGCCAGUUCGGUGGUGCUAUGCGAAAAGGAACCGAAACAUAAGGAGCGCUAUAGAAGGGGUAUAUUCUCCGAUGAGUUCCCAGAUGAGGUGACUGCAUUCUUCACCGGCGGAUGCGCGGCUUUGGCUGCGGAAAUGAAAAACUGGCCAGGCGAAUGGACGAUUUACAGAGAGAAACUUGAGGCGCUCGCUCCGCAUUUGUACAAGCUUGGCGCGAAAACGCUACAGCGUCGCGACGACGAAUUCAACGUAAUCAAUCACGGUGAUAGCUGGGUAAACAACAUGUUGUUCCGGUACGAUGAGAACUCGAAGCCAGUCCAGCAUAUUUUCGUCGACUUCCAAAUGUGCGUCUACACAACGCCAGCGAUCGACCUGCAUUACUUCCUGUCCACCAGCCCUUCGGAAACUAUUUACGAGAACAAUUUGGACAUGCUGGUGGAGGAGUACGUGCGCACGUUGUCCACCAUGAUGAAACAAUUGGGCAGCAAAACAAAGCCGCCCACCUUAGAGGAUAUCAAGAAAACGAUGAAAGAACGCGAAACGUACGCGCUGAUAUCCUCGAUUACAGUCCUGCCAGUAAUCCUGGUGGAUAAGAGCGAAGCGAUGGAUAUCAACGAAAUGAUGCAUCCCGAUGGCGUGAAUAAUCCUGGAUAUAAGAGCCCGAUUUACCAGAAAGUAAUGGCCAAGAGAUUUCCAAAAUUUUUGAAAGCGGGAUUGUUGGAGAUUCCAGCUUAAGACAUUCGUGACGAUAAAAUACACCAACUUUCCUGGAAUUUCUUUCUUUGAAUGAAAGAUUAAACGACAACCGGCGAGAGCUAUUCGCUGAGUUUGAGUUUGUCGUAGAUUGUAGAAUCGCGACAACCAUGCGAAUCGUAUUGGCGGCUAGUUGAGGAUCCAGUUUGUGACACGAUAGGCAUAAUUUUAGGUAGAAUGUUGACUGUUUAUUGAAAAUUGUACGAUACGGAGUAAAGAACUUCGGUACUUGUAAGAAAGACCAAUGACGAACUGUUGUCUGCGCAAAGAG